AUGGAUUGCGACGAGCUAGUUGGGCAAACGUUUUUAAGAUGGACAAAAAAGUUUUUUCUCCUCUUGGAAUGGGUUGUAGGAGUUGAAUUUGGGAAGAUUCUUUCACUUGACUUUUGCAACGACCACGUGCUGUCGAUGGCUGCGAUUUUUAACACCUUGGAAUAUUGUGGUGAUAAGAAGCUGCCGCUACGGAUUUUUAAGGGGCGUUGCGAGAUGUUUCGGGCUUACUGGAGUUUUAUGAGCACAACAGCGUACAACUUCUGGCUUCGACAGAAGAUCUUUACCUUGAAGUGUGUUUUGCUGCUGCGGUCAAAUUCACUUGAGGCCGUGCUCCAUUUGGAACCCUGCGCCUGUCGGCUUUAUGCGAUUCUUAUGAGUCUGCAUUGCAUGUUGGACGAAGAACGGAAGAGGCCUCUACUUGAUGUCCUGCUUUUGAAGAAACUGUUCUAUUUAACGGAGAUUUUUUGA